CAAAUUAUACAUUGUUUAAUUAAAAUAUAAAAAAACUAGAUAAAACAGCCUGCACCUUGGAGAAAGCAUGAACAGUUGAAGAGGACUCUGGUAGUACGGGUGACUUUUGCAGCACAGCAAGGCAACGUGCAGAUUGAGUCAUAAGUAAUACGAUUGUAAAUGGAAGACAACACCAAAAAACAUCUUUCUAAUUGGAGAAAUCACGCUUUUUCAGCGAAUCCCUUAACUGUGUUAGAUCGAAAUUCAUCUCUUGCACGAUUGCGAUCUUUCUUGUGCAAAACCCCUGAACAACUCAAAGAUGAGCAAACGGUUCUUAUACUGCCUUUCCUGCACAGCAAGCCUUUGGUCUUAUCUCCAUCUUCACCUCCAUCUCCACCUACAUGGCGUCUUGCUUGGCAGAGCCUCUACAAAUGCGUUCAAUUGGUCGAUCACAAUUUGCUCAGUAAUAUGGUAUACCUGGGGCACAGGGGAGAUACCAUGCAUUGGGCUCUCGAUUUUCCCACCGAAAAGGCUGCUGAAUUUGUUUCUUCCACACAAAAAACUAUCUUUGUGGAUGUGAGGAGACUAAUGAUUGGGACUGAUCCCUCACACGAGGUUGGGAUGGCAGACCUUUCAAUUGCGGGCCAGGCAAAAGCGUUGCUCGAGUGGCAUGAUCAAGUUCAAUUCUGUUGUAAAUGUGGGACAAAGGCAUUAUUCAAAGAGGAUGGAAGAAAAAAGCAAUGUGGGAACAAUAUGUGCAAAAGGAACCUUUUCCCCCGAAUAGAUGCAGUAGUGAUCAUGCUUGUUAUUGACAAGGUCAACAACCGUGCACUAUUGGCUCGCCAAUCCCAGUUUUUGUCACAUAUGUGGAGUUGUCUUGCUGGAUUCAUUGAGCCGGGUGAAAGUCUUGAAGAAGCUAUGAAACGUGAAAUAUGGGAAGAAGUUGGUAUUGAAAUUAAUGAAGCUGUCUAUCAUAGUUCUCAACCAUGGCCAGUUGGACCAGUCAGUAUGCCAUGCCAGUUGAUGGUAGGAUUUUUUGCAUUUGCAAAAUCCUUUGAAAUUCUUGUGGACCAAAUUGAACUGGAAGAUGCACAGUGGUUCAGUAGGGAAGAGGUGAAAAAAAUGUUGGAUUAUUCACGAUACAAGAAAGAUCAGAAGAAAACUGCAUUCCGGAUAAAUCAACUAUGUGCUGGUGCAGAAAUGGGCAAAGGCUCAUUACCAGAUAUCAAAAGGAAUAUUAAGGGCUCGAGAGAACUCACUAGCAUGUUUGUGCCAGGACCCUAUGCAAUCGCACAUCAUUUGAUUUCUUCUUGGGCAUAUUGCAAUCAGAACUCGCUGCUUAGCAAGCUCUAAUUAUGGUAUAUAUAGACAAAUGAACACACUGUAUGAUGUAUGGUUUUCUGGAAUUCCAAGCGGGUUUUGAUCAGAAGAAUUGUAAUUUAAGUUUUCUUUGAUAUGUAUUUUCUCUAUAAAAUGUAUUGCCUUAAUGUCAAGUGUUUUCCAGAUGUUACUUCAGAGAAAUUAGGUAAACUUUCAGAACAUUCACGAUGCAAUAAUAUUUGCGGUCCUCGUCUUGCAGCAUGUUUGUGCCAGGACCCCAUGCAAUCACACAUCAUUUGAUUUAUUCUUCAGCAUAUUGCAGUCAGGACUCGCUGCUUAGCAAGCUCUAAUUAUGGUAAAUAUAUAGACAAAUGGACACACUGUAUGAUGUAUGGUUUUCUGAAAUUCCGACUGAGUUUUGAUCAGAAGAAUUGUAGUUUAAGUUUUCUUUGAUAUGUAUUUUCUCUAUAAAAUGUAUUUCCUUAA